AUGCCCAGCGUUCCAAACAAGAUACUGGUAGGCCCCACCACGUACGUGCACCUCCGCCGCAAGCACAGGGACUACUACGUGCCGGACUUUCUCUGCGGCGCCGAUGGGGAGUCGAAAUCGCCGCGGUUGCCCGAUGAUAGCGAGCACGUGUGGCGUUACAGCGUGUCGAAGGCGCACCACAACACCGUUUUCUUUUUCAAUGCGGUGACGCGCAAGUCUGUGUGGGUGCUCCCGGUUGUGCACCGCGAUGGCCGCACGGAGCCGCUGGGCGAGGGUGAGGUGAUGCGAGCCAUCUACUCCAGUAUCGUCGCCGAUGAAGGUGUUGAGGCGAUACCAGAGGCAGCGGGCAACGGGCUCACCAAAGCGCGCGUGCAUCAAGAGAAAAGCAUGGACGCUCGCGGCAAGCUCGAUAUCGGCGUCACCGGCUCACUCAGCUCAACACCUCAGCUGCUUUCAGCCGUCGCGGGGCAAUCAACGUCGGCGGAGGCUCGCUCUCUUGGCGAUCCCCCCUCCGAGACGGCGGCUCCACACGUUGCAGGGCCAUCCACCCACCCUGCCGCAGCGCUACAGGCGGUUGCAAGAGAACGAGUGCACGCAGCAGUGCAGCGGGCACGUGAAGCAGAGGCGCAGCGCACCUCUGCUGCGCCGAGUGCGAUAGCCGAGAGAGAGCACCACAGGCCAACAUUGCAGGACCGACUCGCUGCUUGGCGGGCCCGCCAGCACGACCCGGCAUCGCCAGCAGAAGCGCAGCAGCAGCAACCAGCCUCGACUGCCAGGGGCCCAACGGCGGCGACGACGGAGACGCUCUCGGUAGUUGUCAAUGAUCCGUAUGCAUACACUAUAUCGUCCACGAUGCCGACGAACAAGCAGUGCGAGUCCUCGAGCGCGGAAGGCGCGCUACAUGCGAAGGAGAACGAGAUGCUGCCGCGCACGCCGGACGCGACACAGCGCCACUCGCCCAUGCACACCCAGGCUCCAGCAGCCGCCUUUGCCUCUACCGACCCCGAGGACGCGUUGCACGCGCUGGUGCUAAAGCAGGCCCAGUCACUGGAGAACAUCAACACCGCACCACUGGUCAAUGUAGCAGCACCGACCAUCCAGGAGAGAGAGCUCGCGAGAGCCGCAGCACUUCUUCAUCGCGAGAAAAUCGCCGCCAUGCAGCAAGAGAUGGCGGCACUGGAGUCCCGACGCCGUGCGCUGGCGGUGGAGCAGGCGGAGGCGGAGGAGCGCGCGCGUCUAGCGCAGGCACGCGCCGCCGCCGAGCGCGCACGCUUGGAAGAGAUCGAACGGACUACACGUGAGCAGGCGCAGCGGCGCGCCGCCAUGGACGCGUCUGCCGCGGCUGAGCUGCGUGUACAGGACGUGAACGAGUACUUGUCGAAACAGCGGCAACUGCAGGAGGCAGCGCAGUCUGCUGUAGCAGACUCGUUCACGUACGCCUCUCGUAUCGCCGCGCAGCUCGUCGCCGCGGCCCCCCGACCAGAGAGUGUCUGCAUCCCCGCCGAGGGCAAACCUAGCAAAUCGGGUAGUGAAGCGCGUGCGCCACUCACACCGCCUGACUACCGCGCCCAUCAAGUUGGCCGGGUGGCGCCGACCGCUGCAGGACCUCCAGCUGCGUCGCCGGUGGCAAGGGAGCCGGGCCCCCGGGCAGAGGCGAAGAAAGAGAGCGGUGGUGCCUCCGUGGGAGCGCCGCGUGGCGCCCUGACCGUCGCGCCUACCUCGACUGGCGCGGCAACCGCUCAGCGCCGCGAGGGGCGCCUUGCCUAUGCGUUGCCACACCUAUACGAGGGUGAGCUCAUCACCUACCGCCCGAGCCGCAGCUUUACCCGCCAGGCAGUCCUGAACGACCGUGCCGCCGCGAUCGAGAACCAGCCUCCUCGAGCGCUCAGCUCUUCAGCAGCACGGCCCACCACACCUGUUAUCCUGGCAGCCAAGCGCGAUGGCACUGGCACGCAGUACUACGACGCGGCCCACGAGCACUUCUUCCACGGCACCUGGAGUGAGGACAAGCGAGACGGCGCUGGGGUGCUGUCGCUGCCAAGCACGGCGGUGCAGGGCGGCUGGCACGACGACCAGCUCGUCGGCCCCGCCAUUGUGCAAACGCGGCACAGCAAAGGCGCGGUCACUUUCGCCUCCGGGAAGCCCGCCGGCAGCUUACCGGCGCCCGGCACGGGCCCUACGGCCACCUUGUCGCGUGACAACGGCGCACUCCCGUCCACGGCUUCGCACACGUCGCGCACCGCAGCCGGCACGACCACACUGACUGGCAACGCCGUCAUGGAGCUGGACAACAAGGCGCUCUUCGUCGGUGCGCUCGAGGAGGGUCGCGUACGUGCACCGUAUGUCCUUCAGCUGGGUCAGGGCGACUACAUCGAGUGGCUUGGCGCUCCCGCGCGCCGGAGAGGAUGCGCUCGCUCGCCCGCCGGCACAUCGGGAGAGCUGAUAAAACACACCCCUGCCCAUGCCACCUCCUCUUCCUCGGCCCCCGCCUCGAAGGCUGGCACUGGUGAGUGCCGUAUCCGCUUCCGCAACGACGACACCUACGUUGGGCACGUCUGCAACUUUCAACUUCACGGCUUCGGCUACUACCGCUUCGCCGAGGACGGGCACUCCUACAUCGGUCGAUUUGAAGCUGGCUUGCCGCACGGGGAGGGGCUGCUGAUCAUUGCAAACGGAGACGUGUACCGCGGCGGCUUUGCGAAGGGGCUCUUCGACGGCCACGGUACUUACGACUCGCACAUGGGGCACUACGUGUACGAGGGGGACUGGGUGGCCGGAAAGAUGAGCGGUCAGGGCUCGCUGGCCUUUGCCAACGGUGAUGUAUGGAAAGGCACUUUCAGAGACGACACGCGCGUGGUCGGCGUAUAUACGACGCUCGUGUAA